UUAUAAUAUUUUAUUAAUAUAUAUAUAAUAAUAUUAUUAUUUGAUAUUUAAAAAUCAUAUUUUUUUAGAUAUAAGUUUGUAUAAAAUUUAUAUUAAAGUCAUUUAACCUAACAUUAUAUGUGCCUCUAUUAAAUGUCUUAAUAACAAUUUAUAUUAAAUAUAUUACAUUCCACAACUUAUUAUAAAUUUCAUUUUUAUGGAAGAAUAAAUAAAAAUUAAAUUUAUUUAUUAAUUCUCGUAAUACGUAUAAAUUUUCAUUUUUAUGAAUAUAAACAUAGAUCGAUACUUAAGUCUUAAGUAUAUUGUAAAUAUGGCGGUUUGACAACUGCUUGUAAAUUGUAAGAUUAAAAAUUUUGUUUAUUUAUGAAAUUUAAUAAAUAAUUAUACAAUAUUAAUUUUAAUAAAAUAAAACAUGUUAUUAACAUUAAAACCAGAUCAUAAGAAACAUGUAUUACUUCUUACAGAUUAUACACCGCAAGUUUUACAAGAUUUUUGCAAAUUAGCUUUAGAUUAUUUGCAAAAAGGACCAAAUAUUAAAUUAUAUAAUGCAGCAGCUCAAAAAUUGGAAGUUGAAGUAAGCCUAAUUAAAAAUUCAGUUGAAGGACUUGUUAAUUUAUUAAUAGAGAGUUGUAGAUAUAAGUUAAACUCUGAAGAUUUUAGAGAUUCUAUAAUAUCUUUAGGUUUUUCAGAACAGCAGGAAAUUAUAUUAAGUAAAUUAUAUAAUGUUAAAAAAGAUGAAAUAUUAGAUACGCUCAAGAAUAUUGGAUUUAAAUUACCAAAAUACCAUGACAUGGAAUGGAGAUUUGAAGUGCAGAUUGCAUCAAGAGCAUUAUUAAAGCAAGUUGCUCCACUUAUUACUUUGGAUUUAUCUAUAAAAAAUUCUGAUAAGGAUGAAAAUAUUGAACAUAUAUUACUUCAAACUGAUCCUAUUAAUUUAUCAUAUAUAACACAACAAUUAGAAGAAGCUGUACAAGAAGGAUACAGUCAACAUAUUCGUAGACUUUCAAGAGUCAUAAAAUGAUAAUACUAUGUGUGUAAUGUAAUUAAAUUUUAUGCAAUAAAGUAUAUAAAAUAUAUUACAAAAUA